AUGAAUCGCAACGCGGAGAGACACCGACACACGCAUCCUGAGGCUGUCGAGGCGAUCAAGAAGAAACACUACAUGGACGACUACCUCGACAGCUAUGAAGAUGAACACAGGGCGAUAACAAUCGCUACUCAGGUGCGUAACAUACACAGAGAAGCUCACUUUGAAUUAAGGAAGUGGACGAGUAACUCGCCCGCGGUGUUGAAGGCGCUCGGCGAAUCGCCCAAUGCAACCGAAGCGGUGGAAAUAGAAAGGACUGAACGAGUCCUAGGCCUUAUUUGGAGGCCGCAAGAAGACAGGUUGGCGUUCAACCUAGACUUGGCCCGCAUACCGUCGAACCUACUGAGGCGAGAAGCACCCACGAAGAGAGAAGCAUUGAAAAUAGUAAUGUCGUUGUUCGAUCCUCUAGGGUUGGUGUCGCCGAUAACUGUGCGGGCUAAACAGCUAUUACAGGAGGUGUGGCGACGCGGCACCGAUUGGGACGACCCGAUCGACGACGAACUGUCCGCCGCCUGGGUGAACUGGCUCACCCAUUUGAAGCAACUCAGCGGCGUAACAGUGCCGCGCUGCUAUCCCGGCUACUCCCGAGCGAGAAAACUCCAACUCCACGUGUUCACCGACGCCAGCGAGUCAGCCUACGCGACCGCGCUCUACUGGCGCGCCGAGGACGACGACGGACGAGUCACAGUCACGUUACUGGCGGCCAAGGCAAAGGUAGCUCCACUCAAAUUAACCUCCAUACCACGGCUUGAACUACAGGCAGCUGUACUCGGCGCACGGAUGGCUGCGAGUGUGACACAGGAGCACUCCAGGCAGCCAGAAUCCACGACCUACUGGACCGACAGCAAGACAACACUGUGCUGGAUCAGAACGGGAGCCAGGUCGUACAAGCCCUACGUAGCGCAUCGAAUCGCCGCGAUAGAAGAACACACACAGGCGAAUCAAUGGAGAUGGGUGCCUACACGCUACAACGUUGCCGACGACGCUACGCGCGACGUUCCCGACAACUUCACGCGGGAACACAGGUGGUUCAACGGACCAGAGUUCCUCCGCGACCCGCCCGAACUAUGGCCUGCGGAGGAAACACAGCUGAGCACCGACACGGGUGAGGAAAGAGUGAACACUAUUACAGAGCGUCGGGAGAAACAGUACAAGGAAGUCCUGCCCGACGUGAAUCGAUUCUCAAAUUGGAAUCGCUACGUUAGAGCUGCCGCCCGCGUACUACAAGCAGUACAACACUUCAAACGACGCGUCAACACGGUCCAUUACAAGAGGACCAAGGCGGCCGCAAGCGAGAAUCCGGAUUGGAGGCGCAACGAAGCCGCGAAAAAUGCGGCGAAACGAGUCGUACAAGCACCGGAGGAGCGAUUUGUGACGCUCCCAGCCGAGUUGCAAGAAGAGGCCGAGCGCAUAAUCAUAAAGGCGAGUCAGGAGGCCGCCUUCGAGGAAGAACUACGCUCACUCGAAAAUGGAAAACCCGUGUCAAAAGAAAGCAGGUUGUACGCUUUGAGUAUAACAUUUAUUAACGAACUCAUUUGCCUCGACAGCAGAAUUUCAGCCGCCGCGGGAGUAAGCGCCGCAACAAAGAACCCUCCGAUCGUCGAUGGCGAACAUCGGGCAACGAAACUGUGGGUGGAACAUGUCCACACACAACUCCACCAUGCAGGCGUGGAGAGCGUCGUCAAUUACUGUCGGCAGUACAAAUGGGUCAUUCGACUGCGCCCGACGGUCAAGGCGGUGGUCAGGAGCUGCGUCAAGUGCCGCCAGAGGGCGGCCACUCCACCGCAACCGAUAACGGGAGACUUGCCUCCCUGCCGACUGGCGCAUCAUCACCGGCCGUUUACAUACACCGGUUUGGACUAUUUCGGCCCGCUCACAGUCACCGUGGGCCGGAGUAGUCAAAAAAGGUAUGUCGCUCUCUUCACAUGCCUAACAGUGCGGGCGGUGCAUCUCGAAGUGGUGCACUCCCUGAGUACACAAGGAGCGAUCAUGGCUCUGCGGCGCAUGACAGCGCACCGCGGGAGCCCCGCCGAGAUCUGGUCCGACAACGGGACAAACUUCCACGGCGCAGAAAAGGAACUGCGCAACACCCUCCUCGCUGGCGCCGAACAAGAGGCGUCGCGGAGGGCGAUUAGAUGGCGUUUCAUCCCUCCGGGCGCACCAUUCAUGGGUGGCGCCUGGGAACGGCUCGUGCGGUCGGUCAAGACCGCGCUGACGACGGUGCUUCACGAGCAGAGGCCACAUGAAGAGACGCUGUCGACGCUACUCGCCGAGGUGGAGUUCACAGUCAACAGCCGCCCACUGACUCAUGUGUCGGUGAACCCCGAAGAUCCGGAGGCCCUGACGCCUAACCACUUUCUGUUGGGCUGUCAGGGCCCACUCGCCGCACCUAAUUUUCCAGCCGAACACGGCUACGGCACACAUGCCGACCUUCGAGCGUCGCAGCAGCUGGCCGACGCUUUCUGGACCCGCUGGUUACGAGAGUACCUUCCCGAGCUCCGCAACCGGCGGGAGCCCCGCAGCAAGGGACCAGAGCUACACAUCGGCGACGUCGUGCGCAUCGUGGACGGGACGCUCCCACGAAACACUUGGGUGCGUGGCCGCAUCUGUGCUACGCAUCCGGGACCUGACGGCGUGACGCGCACAGUGGACGUAGCCACGCGGGGAGGCGUGCUACGACGCCCCGUGAAGAAAAUCGUCCUCCUGCACCCUGCGGCACCCGAGCGACGAGGCAGCGGCAACGAAGAGGCGGCGCCGCAAUCGGCGGCGAGCACGUCCUGCACGUCUACAUAA